UUUGGAAAUGUUGAGACAUUGCAGGAUACUCAUGAUGUUAAGAGUUCUGCUGACAAGGAGACGGUUGAACCUUCGGUUGAGGAUGCUGAAACAUCAACUGACUACAUUAUUCCUGCGACUCAAGAAGGUUCAGAACCACCUAGGCGUGAUCCUCCCUUAAGAAUUCAAAAAGAUCAUCCAUUGGAGCAAGUCAUUGGUGACAUCAAUGAGAGGGUAACCAGAAACUCGAAGACAUCAGUCAAAGAACUUAUGGGUGUUUCUCAUUAUGCCUGCUACACCUCAUUGAUUGAACCCAAGAAUGCUAAAGAAGCUCUGAAAGAUGAGUGUUGGAUCUUAGCCAUGCAGGAAGAACUGGAGCAAUUCACUAGAAACGAUGUCUGGGAGUUAGUCCCUGAACCAUCAUCAGGAAAUGUUAUCGGAACAAAGUGUAUCUUCAAGAACAAAACUGAUGAGUUCGGGAAUGUGACACAAAAUAAGGCGAGACUAGUUGCACAAGGCUACACUCAGACUCAAGGGAUCAAUUUCGAUGAAACCUUUGCCCCCGUUGCUAGACUUGAAUACGUACGCAUAUUUCUAUCUAUUGCUUGUCUAAUGAAGUUCAUUGUUUACCAGAUGGACGUGAAGUCUGCCUUUCUGAACGGGAUACUACAUGAAGAAGCAUACGUUAAGCAGCUAGAAGGAUUCAAAGAUCCCAAGAUUCCUAAUCAUGUCUACAGACUAAAGAAAGCAUUGUACGGAUUGAAGCAAGCACCACGUGCGUGGUAUGAACGCCUUACCAUGUACCUUCUAGAAAAGGGAUUCAAGAGAGGAGGAGUAGAUCAGACAUUCUAUGCUCUUCGAACGAAUGAGGACCUAUUGGCUGUUCAAAUCUACGUCGACGACAUCAUCUUUGGAUCAACUUCCAAGAAGCUGAUCAAUCACUUUAUUAAACUUAUGUCAUCUGAAUUCGAGAUGAAUCUCGUAGGUGAACUUUCAUACUUUAUUGGACUUCAGGUAAAGCAAGGUAAAGAUGGUAUUUUCUUGCAUCAGGGUAAAUAUGCAAAAAACCUUGUUAAAAA